AUGUUAAAAUUUUAAGUAAAUAUAAAAGGGGAGACAUUUGAUUUUGAAAUAUCUAAAACCGCCACAAUAGCAGAACUGAAAGCCUUGAUAGUAGAGAAACAAUAAAUUUCAGCUGCUUUUGAUCUCUAUAUAUUUGAUCAACUCCUCUCUGAGGAAGGAACUGUAAAUAAGAUCAUCUACAAUUGUAAAACAGAUUGCCUUGAAGUGAUAUUCAAGGAGAAGGAGCAAUUAAAAAAGUUCCAACAGUUUUAUGAUCAAGCAAAACCUCUUGUUUUAUGGAAGACUAUUUUAUCAACAAUAAAAUUUAUAGAUAAUUUAGAGGAACAAAGAAAAAGGAAGACGAAAGAUUUAGACAGCCUCACUAAGGUCCUGUCCUUCUUUUAAAAUGCACCCAAGUUAAUCAAAACUAAAACAUCCGAUUUGAUUGCCAAUUUUACUGAUCGAGUGAAAUAACAAACCAUGUUGAGUAGUCAUAUCAAAAUGCAGGAAGAUGAUCAAGUUCGAAAUCAAAAUAAUGACACUGUCUUAAAUAUCUUAAACAACAUGGUCAACAAGGAGGAGAGAGGUAAUCAUCAUAAAAUGCAACUCAAAUCUAAUAAAAAGAAAAAUAAAACUCCUAAAUUAAGUCCAUAACAAGAAUAGUACUUGGUUCGCAAAAAGAAAGCCAUCUCGUUAUUGUAGGACCCGAAUUAGAGUGAAAAAGCUAAGAUGCUCAUUCAGGAGAUGAAAAAACAAAAAGAACAACUUAAAUUGAAGAGAUAAGAGCAGAUAGAUAAUAGUGCAGAGAAAAUAGAAUUAAGUUUAGAGCAUUAUAAAUAAGAAAGAGAAUUCUUAAUGCAAUAGAUUACUUAGGAUAAAAGAACUAGAAUUAUAGAAAGACUUAAUGAAAAUUAAAAGAAUCAUGAAUUAUAAAGAUAAUUUAAUAAGCAAUCUUAAUAGUUGAUAAAUGAAUUAAAGAAUAGGAUGAAGAAACAAUAGGAUUCACUUAAGAAUAAAGACGAAUAAUUGAAAUAAAUCUAUUUCGAAUAAGCCAAACUCAAACUUCAAGAGAAGAGAAAACUAGCCUAACCUAUACGAUUAUCAGAGUUAAAUUAACACGAGGAACAUUACUUGGAAAAUAGGGAAAUGCUUAAAUUACAAAGAGACUAGAAGAAAUUAGAGUGGGAAAUCAAAAUCAAAUCUGAAACUAAACAAUUGUAUAAGGACUAAAAAGUGUUACAAGAAGUUAUGAAAAUUGAUUCAUAAGUUAAGAAUAAAGACAUCUUGGAGUAAAGGAAAAGAUAGGAAUUUAAAGUAAGGAAAUAAAAAUACUCUGAAAUCAUUUAAGAAUUCCACAGACCAUCAAAUUUUAGUAAAAUGGAUGGUCAAUAAUCAAUUGAUGAUUACUCAAUUAAUUAAUCUCGAGAUUCUAGAGUAAAGUAAGUAAUAAGAUAUCAAAAUAAGUCUUAAUUCGUUGAUCAACUAGUAAAUCAAGGAAAUCAAAAGAAUAUUAAGAAAAUCUAAUCAGCUCUAAGUCAGGAACAUAUAACACAAAAAACUAAAAUAACAGAAAGUCUUCAAUAAGGCAAAGUGCCUGAUGCUAACACAUAUUUCCAUUUGCGUGUGCAUACACCAUAGAAAAUAAUAAUCCAACAGAGUUCUGCUAAGAAGCAACCAGAUUAUUUGAGGGAGUUUGAAAGAGAAAGAAAGUCUAUGCAUCAAUCUGCUCUCCCAUCUCUUUCGGGAUUGAACAAAAAGAUGAGUCCCCAAUAAGAAAUGCGCCUUCUCUAACGAUUAGAGGAAGAAGCCAAAAAGAAAGAAUAAUUAGCUCACAUUAGUCAAGACGAUGAUCUACAAAUAGAAGCCACGGAUUUAUACUUAAAAAGUGUUCAGGCAAAAUUGCAAUUUUUGGAUAAGAAAUUAUCAAAUUUUUGA